AUGCCUUCAAGACGGAAGCACGGAAGCCACCGCCGCAGCAAAGGGGGGGCCCCUUCUGCUGCUGCUGCUGCUGCUGCUGCUCCUGCUGCUGCUGAUGAUGCUAAUGCUCCUGCUGCUGCAGCAGAACAAACAGCAGCAAACAGCAGCGGCGAAGAUCUCCCCGCCUCCUCUACUAGCCUAUGCAGCAGCAACGCAGUGGAGACCCUCUGCACAGCAGAAGACCUUCCUGCUGCAGCAGCUGCAGCAGCUGCUGCAGGCAGUCUAAACCCUGCCCAGGAACAGCAGCAGCAGCAGCAGCAGCAACUUGCUGCAGAUACCGAAGGCGAGCAAACAGAAGAAGAAGACCAGCAAGCAAAGAGCAGCACCAACGAAGAAGACGAGGCAGCAGAAAAGAAUCAGGAAGAUAUAAGUGAAGAAAAGCAGCAGCAGCAGCAGCAGCAGCAGCAGCCGGAGGGAGAAGAUAAAAACAGCAAAGCAGAGACAGAGGAAGCAUCAGCAGGAGAAACGGGGGCCAGCGAUGAGGGUGAAAGGCAAGAAGAGACUGCAGCAGAGACUGCAGCAGCAGAUACUGCAGCAGCAAACACAGCAACAGCAGAUGUAAACGAUGCUGCGGUGGUGAAGGCAAGCAGCAGCAACGAAACUAAUACAGAGACUCCCCUAGAGCAGCAGCAGCAGCAGGAACAGCAGCAAAAAGAACAGCAGCAGCAGCAAGAGCUGCAACAACAAGCGCAGCAGCAGGAGGAGGAAGAAAACUCGCAACAAGAAGAGCAGCAGCAGCAGCAGCAGCAAGGGGAGCAGCACCAGCUGCCACCAAGCAAGGAGAUGCUUCAGCAGCCUCAGGUAGACGUACCGCUGCAGGGGCUCGCAGCAGCAGCAGCACCAGCAACAGCAGCAGCAGCAGCAACAACAACGGCAGCAGCUGCUGCUGAUAUAGCUUCUUCUGAAGGGGAGGUUGACGUAGAGACAGUAGCGGAGGAGCGGCAGGAGGCUGAUGAUGUUGCUGCUGCUGCUGCUGCUGCUGCUGCUGCAUCUCCAUAUCAGGAAGACUACAUUGGGCGCCGCCGCAGCAGCAGCAGCAGCAACUCUCCCUUGCAUUCGCCUGAUCUGUGCUGUCUUUAUGAUACUGUUAAAGAGCAGCAUCAAAGAGUGUGCACCGCUGAAGGCAGGUGUGGGGUCUUCAGGGAGUUGGGAUCGACGAUCCAGGAUCGGAUCCCAGCAGCUGCUUCCCGCUAUGCAGAGGAAGCCGAAGAGGAGGGUGUGGGGUCUGCUGCUGUGUCUUGCGCUUCCGAUACAACUGAUGCUUGCAUCCCCACAGUUGGUUUGCUGCUGGAAGCGAUUGUUGCUGCAGGCGUUGCUGCAGCAUCUCUGCUGCACAGACACCGCAGCGUCUUCAUCGAUUUGUGGGGUCAAAUUACUGCAUUUGCAUGCAACUCGCUGCAG